ACAGAGUUGUGAAAAAAAUAAUAGUGUUAAUAGUUUGAUAUUUUUUUUUUAAAAAAUGUCAUGUUGAUGACAUUGAAUUUUAGUGUUUCAGCAACUGAGAAAACUGUGAUAAGAAUAGAGAUUUACAAAACUUCUCAAGUAAUUAAAAUUUAUAUGUACAUUUAGUUUUACUAACAUUUCUCAUUCUGCAAGAAGUGCUAACAAAACAAGAUCUGAAAACCACUGAUAUGAUCUUCUCUUCACACUGCAUGAGCUCUAUUUGGUAUCACAGCACCAUCAACUAGAAAUUCUUAGUAAUGCAAGCUUCCUCUUUCACACCAUUCUCUCUUAAAUAUUGAUGCAUGUCUGAUGUUGGCUGUUUCUUUCUAAAAAUACUUUAGAAUUUCCUGCGUACUUUAUUUUUUCCUGCGUACCUAACUAGCAUUAUACCAGGCCACAAAAUGCUGGACUAUUGGUAGUUCCUACGAUAGCAAAGUCCACUUAAGGAGGUAGAGCUUUUUCACAUUUGGCUCUCAAACUCUGGAAAAGCCUUCCUGAUAAUGUUCGGGGUUCAGACACACUCUCUCAGUUUGAAUCUAGAUUAAAAACACAUCUCUUUCACCAAGCAUUCGAAUAAUGCAUCUCAUAAAUUGUGACUGCAGUUGUAUCUGAUCAACUGCGCAUUAUUAUUCUUUAACUUGUUUUAAACUGUUUCUAAAGAUCUGAGUGCAGGUUUCAGGAAGUCUUGAGUCUUUAACACAGUCUGUGUCUUUAACCGUCUGUCAUCAUUCAGUCAGUAUGGAGCUCUGUCAACUUCCUCCUGUGCUCUUGCUGAUUUCAAUCAUCUAUUCUGGACAAACUGAAGAAACACCAAAACCCACAGUGACCAUCAAACCUGCUCAACAUGUGUUCAGAGGAGAGACAGUCACUCUCAGAUGUGACAUAAAUGCUGAAGGAGUCACUCGCUGGCAGUACAGCUGGUUUAAAGACGGUUCAGACAAAUCUUUCAGUGAACUACAGGAACACACAUUCAGUUUUGUUACUAAGUCUGACGCAGGUAAUUACUCCUGUAAAGGAUCAGCGAGAGGAGGAUCACGGACAUCACACCGCAGUGAAGAAGUUACACUGACAGUAUCAGUUUCAGGGUUCAGUGCAGUUUUAAGUGUUUCUCCUCAGUCGUGGUUGACUGAAGGAGAUCCAGUGACUCUGAUCUGUGAGGUUAAAGGCUCCUCUACAGGCUGGACAUUCAGCUGGUUCACCGGAACUGUAGUAUCAGACUACAGAUAUCGUUAUGAGCUGCUCUCAGACAGCAGCAGAGGAGCUGGAGGAAAAUACACUGUCAGUUCUGCUGCUCUAAAACACACAGGAGUUUAUGUGUGCAGAGCAAAGAGAGGAGAACCAGUCUAUAACACAACCAUCAGCAACACACAGUUACUAUGGGUCACUGGUGUUUCUCCUCCAGUCUCUCUGAUGGUCAGUCCCAGGAGAACUCAACACUUCACAGAUGUCUCUCUCUCUCUGAGCUGUGAGGACCAGAAUAACUCUUCUGGAUGGACAGUGAGAAGAUACACAGACAGAUGGGGGCUGAAAUACUGUUCAUCAUCCUUACGUCGAGGAUCACAAACAGGAUCUACUUGUACAAUCAGAAAAACCAUCACAAAUGACACUGGGGUGUACUGGUGUGAGUCUGAAUCUGGAGAGAAAAGUAUUCCUGUUAAUAUCACUGUACACUCUGGUGUGAUUCUGGAGAGUCCUGUUCAUCCUGUGACUGAAGGAGAAACUCUGAUUCUAAGCUGUUUAGAUCAAAAUACAUCCUCACCAAACCUCAGAGCUGAAUUCUAUAAAGAUGGGUCACUCAUUCAGAAUCAAACUACAGAGAUGAUCAUCUCUACUGUCUCAAAGUCAGACGAGGGUUUCCACUCCUGCAAACUCCCAGAGAGAGGAGAGUCUCCCAAGAGCUGGAUCUCAGUCACAGUUUCUUCCAGAAGAUCAGGAUUUGAUGUUCUCAGUUCAGUUGGAGUUACUGCUGGACUCAUAUUUUUCAUCAUUGUCUUCUUGGUCUUUAUGUGGCGCUACAGAAACUGCAAAGGUGGAAGAUCUGGGUCUCUCUCUCGUGUCAGUCAACAGAAGAACAGCAGUCAGACAUCAGAGCAGAACCAGAGUGAAGUGGGAAAUAACACACUCAUGUCUGACAUUGUAAGUGGAACUACAGACGUCACCUAUGCUGAAAUUGAACACAAACCUACAAAGAAACAGAAAGAAAACAAAGGUAAAACCAGUGAAAGUUCUGACACUGUUUACUCUAAACUGAACCUGGAGACCCAUCAAGAUGCUGGAUCUAGUGAUGUGACAUAUGCUCAGAUUAAAUAAAUGGCUGGAGCAGAAACUUUCAAUCCCAGGACGCUGAUGAGUAUAGGCUGAGAAGAGCAGGAGAAUGACCAGGAUCAUCAAUUCUUAUCUUCUUUGUGAAGCUGAAGACUUGAUAGCAAUAGAUUUAGCAGUAUUUAACAUCAGUGAUUAUUUAACCCUAACCUAACCACUUGGGUGGUGCUGCAGUGUAAUUAGCAUGUAAUUUACUCAUUAACUGGGAGAGAAAGUUUGUGUGUGUGUGUGUGUGUGUGAAAAUUUGAGUUUCUCUUUUGUUAUUCUUGAUCUUUUUUUUUUUUUUAGGGUUUUCAUGGUCAUGUAAACUUCAGGAAAUUUUUAAAUUGUGCUUUCCAAGUGUGGACAAAUUAUGGAUAU